AUGUUUUAUUUUAAAUCGCCAACCGAAGGAAUUAUCAUCAGUGCAACGAAUAUUAUUCUGUGGUAUGUCGCAAUGACGUGGCUGAACCAUGGAAUGGUCAUUGCCACACAAGGUGGGUAGGUCAAAGAGCUGAUAUAAGUAUCGGUGGUACAAAGAUAUAAUUGUACAGAGAAUAAAAACUUUAUGCUGUCCCCUGGUUAAUAUUUAAACCGAAAUAUUAUGCUGGUUGGGGUAUUUCAAUAGGGGUGCAUCAUAUUAAACAUUCUGGGAACGCUCUUGGAGAUCUAUCUGUUCCUCGUGGUUUAUGACGGACUCAACAAAACCGACAGAAUCAGUUAAUCGCCUCCUUCUUCUCUUUACCCACUCCCCCCACCCUUGACUAUAAGAUGCGGAUGUUUGCUCUCACCUUUGCUGGGUAGGGCCUCGUUCUAUUUGUCUGUAAUUUAUGCUGAAUUGAAACUAUUGUGAAAGCGGCUGUGUGGCCAGCUACAUAGCAGACCGCUAUGUAAAAAGAAUUAAAUAAAUAAAAAAAUAAUAAUAAUAAUUGAGUUUGUUGAUUCAUUGUCAAACACUAUUUGCAGCAAACAGAGCAAGCCGCAAACAAUAUAGUCUUUUUUGUUGUGGUACAUUAUAACUAACAAUGAAUGAGGUUGAGUAUCAUCUGGAGAAUUAUGGAGAUCGAGGAGGGUGUUAUCUCCGGCCGAGGCGAAUAACAGCCUCCGAGAUCUCCAUAAUUCUUCAGAUGAUACGAAAGCCGAUUUCAAUAAUUGUGUUAUUAUUCAUUCAAAAUAAUUCCUAGUUUAAAAACAAGCUAAAACAUGUUUACCUCCAUCAAUGUUGAGUGCAUCUUCGAUAGUGCAUCUUUAUUGGCAAGUUUAGGAGAUAAAGGAUUGUUCAGUUCUGCAAAUAUUCUCCAAGUAGCAGAUGUCGUCCGUCGAGUUAUCUUCUUGCUGUUAUUGCUAUGCUUUUAGCCAAUAGUUCGUCUAUUUCUUCCUCGUGAAACGAAUGAAAUGUUCCGCCAUUUUGUACUCACUACAAAAACAACUCAACCUCGUCCUAGGUCUUCUCGGUUAACUGUUCAAUAAUCUAGCAAUUUUGCUGCACAGCUGACGUCAUUUUUCACACAUUGCAAAAAUUCUUCCAAAUUUGGUCGACAAUAGCUGGUGAUUAUGAAUUAAGUGUGGGAUUUUAGCAAAUCACCUUCGAUAAAGAGGCCUUUUUGCGAGACUGAAAUUUCUUUAUUGACCAACAUAUAUACAAAAUGCAUACGUUUUUCUAAAAUAAGAUAGUAAUAAGAUAGUACGCGCGCUCUAUUAAAAUUAGCCGAAAAGGCAUGUUUGCAUGAGAGUAUGUAAACAUGGUUUUGACGUCAAGAUGUUUUGAUUUUCGCUCGCUAAUUACGCAAGCACGAAUUUGAAAAAGUUUUUGAGUUGAAAACUCGACAAGUUCGUUCCCUCGUCUGCUCAAACUUGGAAAAUCUUAAACAUGCUGUGUCAAUUUUUUUCGCUUAAGAAAAAUCGGUAUUUUGGAAAGAAUCAUUUUUGCAAAACAAGAACUGAUUACGCGAGCUAGAUUUCCUGUACAAGACUUCGCGACUGGCCGGGCCCGCUGUAAUUGGCCACAGCUGUUGCGGUGUCCCUGCCAACGUUCUUUCUGUUUGUUUGUUUUUGGCGAAGCUAAUAAAAUAAGAAUUUCCCCUUUUCUCAGUGCCAUAACAAAGAUUUUUUUUCUCGGGAAAGUUAAUUUAUAAAAGCAGUAGAAAUUUUUUUCCUGUAUUUGCAUAGCCUGAUAUGAACACUCAUACAUUUACAUUUUAAAAAUAUUGGACUUGAAACAUUAUAAGUUUUAGUUGCUACACUGCAGAGAAAAAUACUAAGCUGUCUUCUCUGGUAGAGCCUUGUUUAUAAGCUUAUUGAACUGGCUAUUAUUUUAAUAAAACAACUAUUUUCCGUUUUUUUUUUUGUUUAACUUUUUUUAAUGGAAACCUCCGAAUCAGGUCUCAAAAUCUAAAACUCAAAUAGAAUUUGCACGAUUCAACGAGAAUUUUUAGGGAUGAUCGAUUCUUCAAUGUGUAAGGAACAAACACAUGUCAGGGAUUUCUUUGUGUCUUUAAAAUUUUUUACCUAGGCGCAUAUAAUUUAAUGAUCGUCCAACUUCUUUAACCCUAUUUCCAAAUUGUUCUGUAAAUAUUCCUUGCAAUCGAAAAUAACAAAGUCCCGGCACGUUAUUUUAACGUCAACUGAUCCAGUUUCGAAUUCUUCAAGGCCGAUGAAUAGAAGCACUUAAGACUCAUUCAAACAGGGUUAGCCUCGACCUAAAGUAACAUAUUCACAAAUACCGGCGAGAAAAUGGCUAAAUUUGAGUUUAAAACAAUAGACACAGCUGUACACAGGUCUUCUUCUGGCUGGAAUUUGUAAAUAUGAUUACUGUAACGAGAGGAAAUUUCACUGUGUCAAGCGGCUUUUCGGCCUGUCAAACCAAAUUGGCGGGAAAGUCGAAUUAGGAAAACAACGGAACUAAAGCUCUUCGCGAGGGCGCGAGAAUUAGCAAAUAGUGAUCUGCUAAUGGAAGUUAUUGACGGGGGAAACUGCAAUUCGGUAGAGCGACUGGCUCGCUGCUGGCACUGGUUACUACUGCCAGAGGUACAGGGUUUAAUUUCCAAGUCUCAAGGUACGAAGGUUGGACAAGAACUGAGACUUUUCUGUAAUGCUGCAACUUCUUUAUUGUAGAGUAAACCUCGUAGACAGUACUUCACAUGUAAUCGUAGGUAAUCGUGCAGGUAAUCGCAGGCUAGGUAAUUGCAGGUUAGGUAAUCGAUUUACAACAGUUUAAGCACUACUUUUAUACAGUCUACAGUAAACACAGGCGUUCGAUUAUCACAAAGGAACACAAAAACCUAAUCAAAAGUACACGUGCUAGCUGACCAACGCGUUAAAAUUCGAUUGGUUAAAAGUCUUUUCCUUUAUGCUGAAAAUACAAUACUUCCUAUUUCGGUUCCUGGACUUUUAGAAAAACACAUGUUGUAAAUCAAGCUGAAUGAAUAGAGCAUAACAGUUGUUCUUUUGAAUUGUAAAAUAGUCGUCGUCUAACAAAGAGACACGUACAGAAGUACACGUGUUCUAUUGAAAUUACAUGUCAGAUGUUCCAAUAUUUGUGCACAUGUCACCACAGGCGGCCCAGACGUAGUAUGUGUCUAAUGAAUAUAUUAAUAUUCACAUGGACAAAAUAGGAUGAGUCGUUGAAACUCCCAUGAACUAAAAUAGUCCAAAAGUCAAAAUAUAACAAAACAAAGUUAACUGAACGUAUCCUUGUCUUUCCUGGGCGGUUAAAGUGGCAUUUUGUUGAGUUUUGCAACUGUAGGUACUAUCCACUGAAGAAGAAUUCAAGGCUGGCUACAAAACAAACGGACCAUCUCCACGCGCCUUCACGCGAAGCGCUAUAAAUUCGAGAAUAAUCGACGAAUCCGCUUCAAAUUGCCAUCGGCUAAUCUGCACGUAACGUGUGCUUCUGCUUCUUACUCGCUAGCUCCACAAAACCCAUCGCAACUGCACAAUAAUCGCUCGCUCAUCAACAAACACUGUUGACCUUUAAGCUUCGAUAUGACCGCAAACUACCAGGUUUAAUACGCGACGUGGAAAUUCAAGCUUAGCGACCGCGUCCGCGCAACAAUGCAACGCUUGCUAUGGGAGGGAUGGUACUAUUGCUUCUAGGUCAAUCAAUCGGGAAAAUAAUAUUGAAGCCCUCGUAAUUUUCAAAAAGAUCCAAUUUGCCCUAGGAUGACCGAACAGAUAAGAAUUUUAUAGCGGAGUUGAGCGGAGCUAAAACAAAAUGAGCGGCAGUGGAAAAAGUGAACAAGAACAUGUACCACAAGUGAAAACCAGGAAGUUUUCUGGACGUUUCACGUUGCAGUCAUGCUAAUCAACGGCAAGGAAAUGUACAAGAAAGUGUGCUGCAAUUAGACCUAUUGUUCAGUGUUUUUCACAGUUCUGGUCAAGGGCAUCCAAUGACUAUUUUCUGUAAAAUAUCUUUUCGCAGAAGCAAAUAUUGCCUAAAAGUUUCUAUUACUUGAGGAAGGCUAAAAAUUUCUAGGUGACUGCUCCAUUCGCGUACAAUUUUCGAAGCUUUCCUAACAAAUUCCCGACGAUUUUCUGAGGUUUAAUUUUUCACAUUUCAUUCCCCAGGUUUGGCUAUUUUUCGUAGAAAAAGGAAACCUAAAAUUUUCGGACUAAAAAAUGCGAUGAAGGGAGGAAGUAGAAAAAUUGUCGCUUUCGUAAAACGUUAAAUUACAUCUAAAAUCUUCUGGAAAGUAAUACUGAAACCCUAAUAAUUUCGAAAAGUCUUCGGUUGUCCUAGGAUGACAGAACAGAUGCAAAAUUUCUAGCGCCGCUUAGAAUGCAUUUCGAGAGAUCUAAAAGUACUCUGGAUAGCCUAAAAAGUAUUUUCAGGGUAUUUAGGGGGAAACCGUCGUUGGGUGCCCCGGAGUUUUGAAAAUAAUAAUAAUAAUAAUAAUAAUAAUAAUAAUAAUAAUAAUAAUAAUAAUAAUAAUAAUAAUAAAAGAUAUCGUGCACAUAAAUUUAGCUUUACCAUAUCUUCAGCUGUAUCUUCUAUUCAGCUGCAUAGCCGAGGCUAGAUUUUGCCUUUUUCCUGGGCGGAAAAUCCUCGUCCUCCCUCACCAGUUUGGACAACAUAUUGUUGAGUAAGACGUAGUUCUGGAAAGAACUGUUUAUUUAAUUAAUCUAAGCAAAUAGGUCUAGUAGAGUCAAGAACCUAUGCAAGCGGCUGGACGAAUAAUGUGACAGCAGCUGUGACAGCGAACGUCAGAAGAAUUCGAACUUGAAAACCAGGGCCGCCCUGUUGAAAACUUACGGACGGUCGCGCGAUCGCCUUUGUUUUCUGGCCAAAACUAACGCAGCGGACCCUCGCUCAGUGUCGAUUGACCUAGAAGCAAUAGUACCAUCCCUCCCAUAGCAAGUGCUGCAUUGUCGCGUGGACGCGGUCGCUAAACUUGAACAUUCACGUCGCGUAUUAAACCGGGUAGUUUGCGGUCAUAUCGAAGCUUAAAGGUCAACAGUGUUUGUUGAUGAGCGAGCGAUUAUUGUGCAGUUACGAUGGGUUUUGUGGAGCUAGCGAGUAAGAAGCAGAAGCACACGUUACCUGCAGAUGAGCCGAUGGCAAUUUGAAGAGGAUUCGUCGAUUAUUCUCGAAUUUAUAGCGCUUCGCGUGAAGGCGCGUGGAGAUGGUCCGUUUGUUUUGUAGCCAGCCUUUAAUCCUUCUUUAGUGGAUAGUACCUACAAUUGCAAAACUCAAAAAAAUGCCACUUUAACCGCCCAGGAAAGACAAGGAUACGUUCAGUUAAAGGUAUCUCAACUUUGUUUUGUGAUAUUUUGACUUUUGGACUAUUUUAGUUCAUGGGAGUUUCAACGACUCAUCCUAUUUUGUCCAUGUGAAUAUUAAUAUAUUCAUUUGACACAUACUACGUCUGGGCCGCCUGUGAUUUCAGCUGCGGAGUUUUGAAAGACACAGAAGAGCUAAAACUAGAUUUGCUGAGUAGUGCAGAAUUGCUACAAUAACGCUCUGGUGAAACUGAAUUCCGUUCUAAAGAUAACAUUGAAAUAUCGGCUGUGACAUUACUUUAGGUCGAGGCUAACCUUGUAUAAAUGACUCUUCAGUGCUUGCCUAUCCAGCGACCGCGACGAAUUCGAAACUGGACUUUUGGUUUAUUCAUAGCCAGCAAAGAGACUAGUAGGAGAGGACCUGGGAACGAGGUUGGAUAACCACUCAAAUGAUCUUUAAUUUGAUGUAGGGUUUCAGGUAUCUGCAGUUUAACCGGAACGCACUACAUUACUCGCACGAAACACGCGCCUGACGGUAUCCAAUAGCCCUAAGUUGGUGAUAUCUUUCCUUUGACAGGUUGUGGUGCAGUGGUAAACAAUACAUUGAGAAGCCCUGGUUUUCCAAAUGUCUACCCACCCGAUGUGGAUUGUGUAUACAGGGUUUCUAUUCCGCAAGGCAUGGCGCUGAAAAUCACCUUUGAUUACUUUGAUUUAGAGAGCAGUUGGGGAAUAUGGUAGGCAUUAGACUGAUAAACACAAGUUAUGCGCUGAGAGAAACCCGUAACCUGAAAACCUAAACCUGUUGAUCUGUUGAUAACUGUAUUUUCUCUUUUUGGAAUCGUCAAGCUCUAAUCACAUCUAAGAAAAUCUUCUUUCGACCUCGUGUUUUUAGGAUUAAUACUGAUAUGAAUGAUAUCAUCGUAGCUAAAAAUCAAUGCAGAAAAGCAGAGAGAAAAUGGAGAAUUCUCAGAUGUCAGUCUGACCUCAUUCUGUGAAAGAGAAGGAGAAACUAUGUGACCUUUCUUAAAAACAACAAAGCUCUGCAAGACCUAUUAUAAUGAUGUCAAUACUAGCAAAGUAAUGAUCUCAAACAUCUAUUGAAAGUAAGCAAGAAUCUCUUGAAGACUACCAGCACACCCGUUUUGCCACCGCAUAAGGAUAAACGAGAUUAGUGCCUUUCUCAUAAGAAAAAUUUUCAAUACUAGCAAAGUAAUGAUCUCAAACAUCUAUUGAAAGUAAGCAAGAAUCUCUUGAAGACUACCAGCACACCCGUUUUGCCACCGCAUAAGGAUAAACGAGAUUAGUGCCUUUCUCAUAAGAAAAAUUGCCAAUACCCGCCCCUAUCUUGAUAAUCAUUUACCACAAGCCUGGAGAGGUGGCUCCAGUGCAUCCAAAAUUGAUCUGCCAAUUUCCAAGUUUAAUUUAGGUGCGCGACUUGAUCCGUGAAUCCAGGUAGAACACGUCUUCCGUAGUUACAUGCAAACCCGAUUCCUUCAAAAUUAGUCAUUGAUUACCUGGAUAUUAUUUUUCCCUAAGUAACCAGACUCAUCAGCUAUUCUUUGGAGCAUGGUGCCAUCGUUGUGGAAAUAUUUCCCGUUCUUUACAUACAUAUUCGAUACAUAUUUCAUUCAAAGUAACAUGAGAACAAAAAUACAAAAGUAGCACCCUGAAAAGGAAGUUAAAGAGGUUGACCCCAUAUUAAAUAAGAGUCUAAAAGGGAGAAAGGUUUAAAGAAAAGAGAGAAUUAUAAGAUACAGAUAUACGAUUUAAGAGAAGCUUUCUUAUCCUUUCCUGGCAUGGAGCCUGUAUUUUAAAACUAUCACCGUCGGAAUCUUAAAAUUUGUUCCCAACUCACACCAAUGUGCGGAAGGCAAAUAGCUAAAGCAUCACAUUAACCAUAAUUCUUAUUCCUCAAGCUACAUUCUCAUUAUCGUACGUUGCAUAGCACGCGCAGACAUCGCUUUCCCGAAAGUAAAAAAAAAUGAGGGGUAAAAUGGGGUAAAAUGAGCGCAUCGUCGGCCUCAGGUUUGUUAGUCAGAUGACUAUUUCAAGCUACCGACGUAAAAUUAGGACUCUUUAAAAAAAGGGUAAGACAGCCUGUUACCUUACCUGUUCUUUUGGCUUUGAGAGGUUAGGCCCAUAUUUGGAGUUUAGGAUACGGCACGGCGCUGGUUUGCCUCCUAUUUAGGCGGCAGAACUCAGCAAGUUCAAUUGACAGCCCACUCUUCACAGAGAUCAGGUAUCAGAGUGGAGAUCAGUAGAACGAAAAUGUACUUCUUAAAAAAACUCAUCAAAUCACUAUUGACGCGGGUAAGGGCCAGGAUCUGAGAAACGAAGAUUUCAAUAUAAUCCUUCGGUAAUUUAGUUACUCAUGUAAAAAUCUUAAGGUAAAUUAUAAGUUUGAUAAACUAGAGUUAAGAUAUGACACUCCUUGCAGCUACGAUUAUCUGGAGAUUGCAAAUGAAAACAACGUGACACUUGAUAUAUACUGUGGCUGGGAGUCUGGUAGAGAUAUUGAUGUAGGUGGAACCGAAGCAAUUUUGACCUUCCGAUCCGAUGAUUAUAAUGGACGCGAAAGAGGAUUUUUUCUGUCCUUCACAGCGGUACAACCUUGUAAGUGUAACAAGAGCCUUUUUAAAACCAGGGGCGGAUCCAGGAUUUUUUUUAGGAGGGGGUGCACUCGUCUCUUGCUCUACUUCAACACCCAUAAACCACAUAGUUUUUUUUUUGGCAGAAUACCAAUUGUAUUAGAAAACCGCAGGUAAUCUCGGGGGGAGGGGGAGGGGGUGCGCACCCCCUGCACCCUCCCGCUAAAUCCGCCCCUGAAAACUGUCAUGUUCAAUAGGGCAUAAAGUACAGUAGGCUGCACCUUAAUUUCAGGCAAAGGUUAGCAUUGUUGACAAGGUCUUUUUCCUACUGAAAGCCAAUAUGGCCUACCCUUUUACUUUCGUUUCGUGUAGAGGAGUGGACACAUCGUUGGUGGGGUGUUUUAAAUUUCGGUGUAGGAUCUCAAAUAAAAAGAGUAAAUUUAUUUAAAGACUUAUGCUUGUUUUUCUAUGCAAUUGUGAAACUGAAUUGUAACUUUUUCAUGGUCUUGUUUUCUAUUUCAUUAUCUUUUGCCUUUUACAGCCCUGCCAAACAUUACUAUGCCAGUUCCAGGCACCGUUUUGCGGGCAUUCUCAGGUCGCUUAAUAAGCGUGUGUGCAGCGACUGGUACCCCUCCCGUAUUCACGGCAGUAGUAUGGAACGUUACCGUUCUGGCUAAUAAAACCAACACUGUGGACGCCCGUUUGUAUGAAGAGGGAAACUAUUACUGCGUAGCAACUAACAACUACGGAACGGACAGAAGAGUUAUUCCUGUUGUUAUCAUCGGUGAGGACUUGAGCUGUAAGAAGAAAAUCCAUUUCUUCCCACCUCAACAACUCAAACGGAGUAUUUUUAGCGAUCGACGGAGAUGAAACAGCCGCGAAAGCUGCACCCAGGACCUUCAACCGCUUCUAGAAGAAAUCUUGCGUUAAGAUUUACAAUAUAUAAAAAAAAGGGAAUGAAUUUUUUGCCCUGAAUUGAUUAACUUUUUGUUCAAGUAAAAGGAAGAACUCCUAUCAUUAAUCGAAUCAUUAACUGAACAAGUGACUUCUAAUAAAACUGUUCUCAUGCUUCAUAUCUUAGUGCAUGUAAGGAUUUACAAAUAAAUAAGAAUAAUCCGAGGCGGUUCUGAGCUGGAACAUCCCAAAUCUCACCCAGCAGGUUAACGGCAGUUGCUUUUCUGCGUAUAAUGUCCUGAAAUGUCGACUGAUGUGGUUCGCAAAAUCAUUUUCGUUUUGCUCUAGGGUUGCAAGGAAGGGCUAUUGCUAGCAUAGACCCCUCUUACCUAGUUAAAAUUCCGUAAAAAUAUCUGCAUUCAAUAACCAAUGAGUACCACAAUCUACACAUUUGUUACAAAUGUAGCAUUGAAAUCCAAGUUUUUUCCUUCUUUUGCAGGUUGUGGCUCUGUUAUUAACAAUACUCUGAAAAGUCCGUAUUAUCCAAUGGACUAUCUUAGCAGUAUUGACUGUGUUUACAAGGUUUCAAUUCCAGGAGGCAUGGCCUUGAAAAUUGUCUUUCAAGAUUUUUUUCUACAGAAUCCUGGGAAUAGAGAAUGGUAAAUACAUGUAGAGUGAUCUUGAAAUUCCGCUUAAAGGCUUGCCUAUGCACAAAGAACUUUUAUUCCUCUUACACGCUCACCUGGUAAUAAGUUCACCUCCCUCUUGCACCAUUCCCUUCUCGUCUUCACUUUUGGAGCCAUAAGUCUUACUGUAGUUUUCGUUUUGUCGAUGCUCGAGUUAGAUAAUAUCCUAUAUACACCUGUAUCAUAUUAUAUCAUUUCACAUAUCAAUUCAUGUCUUAGAUUUAAAAAAAAUGAAAAAAAUCCUUUGAAAGUAGGGUUUAAGAAGCCAGCGAAUUAAACUUUAGAAAAUGUGAAAAUUCUUGCAGCUUCGAUUAUCUGGAGAUUGCAGAUGAACAGGCUGUGGGAAUUGGCAAAUACUGUGGCUGGCAUUCCGGUAAGGAAACCAGUGUAGGUGGAAACAAAGCGAUACUGACGUUCCAUUCUGAUGAUUAUUUCGAAGCGAGAGGAUUUCUUCUGUCCUUUACACCGGUUCAACCUUGUAAGUGUAUUAGACAGGGCAUAAAAUAUUCCAUAAAAAAUAAAAAAGGCCAAAAGUUAAUAAUAAUAUAAAAUAUAAUACAAUAAAGUAUCUAAGAAAAAUACACUUGGCUGCUGCUUAACCCUGACAUGUUUCCGUUGGGAGUCUCAUUUGUACUUUAAGCCCACGUGGCCUUUUCUUGCUUUCUUUCUCUUAUGUGGAAAAGGACUUAUCGUUGCCCUUUGGAAGGUGUUUUGAAAAUAGGAGCCGGGAGGAUCUUAUAGAGACUUAGAGAUCUUAGAGUAUGCAAGUUGCCGUGAGCAAUUGUAGUUUGAAACAAAUUGAUUUUUUAUUGAUUUUUUUGUCAUUUAUUUUUUGGCUUUUUUAGCCCUGCCAAACAUAACUUUGCCAAUUCCAGGCACAGUUGUGCGCACAGCCGCAGGUCACUGGAUGAGAAUUUGCGAAGCCACAGGAACUCCUCCGGUAUACACAGCAAUAGUGUGGAACUCUACAGUUCUGUUCAACAGAAGUAACUCCGUAUACACAAGAUUUUAUGAGGAUGGAAACUACUAUUGCGUAGCCACCAACAACUAUGGAACAGACAAAAGAGUUAUUCCUGUGGUUAUCAUAGGUAAGAACUUCGGCUAUUAGUAUUUAUUCCGUGCUAUCAGAAGAGGAGAAAAAUAGCUAACCUCAUGCCGUCAUUUUCGCCCACUUCGUUGCUAUACUGACAAAUUUAUAUGGAUGAAAUAGGGAAAAGUACGGGAAGAGUGCACGCAUUUAGGCAUCCUGCCAAUGAAAAGUUACAACUUAUAAACUUUUUCGGUGCACCAAAUUGCCGUCUGUCUUCUUUACUACGCUUCCAGAUACUACUUUACAUCGUUAUGUUGAAGUGCCUGCAAUAUUGAUAUUCCAGUAAUUGCCCGAUGAGUGUGCUUGCCCUUAGGCCAUACGAAACAGAGCUGUAGCAAAAAAACGAUGUAUAGCCUCUGAAGCCUGGAAAGAAAAGAAAUGAAAUGAAAUGAAAUGAAAACUCUACAGCUAACAGGGGACACACAGACUAUAUACAUUUAUAAUAAGUACCGCUUAUAAAAAAAAUAUUAAAAAAGACUAUGUACAUUCUUUAUAUCUUCCUAGCACUAAAAUUAUUAAGACCUAUCACAAACACAAUACUUUUCUACAGUCGAAGUAUAUUUCCAUUAUAUUAUGAUAUUCUAGUUACUAUAGUUUUCCUCGAUAGGGUGUGGCUCGGUUUUUAACAACACACUGAAAAGUCCCAAUUAUCCAAUGGAUUACCCAGGCAAUAUGGACUGUGUUUACAGGGUUUCUAUUCGACAAGACAUGGCACUUAAAAUCAUCUUUGAGGAUUUUCUUCUAGAGAAUCCUUCGCCUCAAGAUGGCUGGUAAAUAUAAAAACGUAUAUAAAAAUUCAAUUUUGCUCACAGAGGCUUGGAAAAAUUGUUAGUCAGUUGUUGAUCAAUCACUGAAAAUCAAAGCAUUCAGACUGUAGCACGCUUGGACCUUUACUUUUGCAAGUUACACACAAUUGUAGUUUACCGACAUCAUGAUUUUCCAGGAAAUCUCUCCUGUGUGUGUGUGUGUGUGUGUGUGCGUGUGUGUGUGUGUGUGUGUGUGUGUGUGUGGGGGGGGGGGGGGGGAUGGGGGAGGUGGAACCACACGGCUCCUUGAAAAUUCCUUAAACAGGCAAGGCUCAAUGGCAGAUGUUGAAAACCUAUUGGCCAGGAUUAUUGCUAGUUUUCCGAUAUUGACAAUAGCUCAGUGGGUUGAAACUGGAUUUAAAGAAACCUGCAUUUGCUCUCCUGAAAACGGCAGGAAACUUACGCCUGCUUUGUAGCCUACUUUAAAUGUAUUCCAUAAAAAUUGUGUUAUUUUAUUUUUUCUUUUAAGCUACGACUAUUUAAGGAUUACAGAUGAGAACUCCAAUGAAAUUGGGAAGUACUGUGCACUACUCACAGGAAGCGAAGUAUUUGUAGGUGGGAAGCAAGCAGUGUUAAGAUUUCAUUCGGAUCGUUCUCGCCAAAGAAGAGGAUAUGUACUCAUGUUUACUGCCGUUAUGCCAAGUACGUAACCAUCAUGCACAAUGUAGUCCAUCUAGGCCCACGCAAACAUCGAUCGAACUUCACGUGUGACGAACUAGAUGGUAAUGAGCAAAAACUUUCUCGUUAUUAUAGGGUUCGUCGCAUGUGAAGUUCGACGUUUGACCGUGGCCUUAGAAUCGGAUCACCCAGAAACCAAAUCCCGAGUGGGCGCUCACUGGCACCUAAAAGGUCAGGCCGUAAAUAUGGCUCGCUUUAAUAUUGUGCACUGUCGGUCAUUUAUGCCACAUUGGAAUUCCUGCACUUCGUUUGCUGUGACCUAACGGAUUUAAUGCUUGUUGAUAAUGAUACUCUUGUUGAGUUAGAAUCUGCUUUAACGAACUUAAAAAACACGCUUCUAAUUAAACAUUCUUCUACAUAGCCUCGCCCAAGAUAAUUCUGGCAGACCAUGGUCCUGUUGUUGGCGCAUUUGCUGGUGCUCACUUUUGGAUAUCAGCGACUGGAACUCCUCCCAUAUUUAUUACAUUGAUAAAGGACUCAACGAUACUUGAAACAAAGACCCAGGACUUAGAAUUUGUAUUGCUUGAUGAAGGAAACUACAGCUGUCUAGCGGUUAAUAAUUAUGGAGAUCUCACGAAAGUUGAUUUCCGGGUCGUUUUUAUUGGUAGGUAUUAGCUCUGACACCCGAGUAUAUGUAGUUUACUUUGAAUUCUCUUCUUUCACUGACUUGGUUAACUUAGCCAGCCACUAAUCUUAAUAAUGAACGUUUGGCAGCCGAUGUAUUCGCCGUUAUAAGAUCUCUUUUCUCCCCUAUGCCAAGCAGUUGCUGUUGUAGACACAACUGGAAUGACAACAUUAGUUCGGUAAAAACGGUUAUAAAAUAAUAAUAAAAAAACAUUUAUUUUUUCAAUUUUCAACAGUUUUUCUGGUUAGAUUGCAGGGCAUACUGUAGUUCGUCAUGGACCGAAUUUUAUGGGAAUAUGUUUAAGUGCAAGAAUAUAACUUCACUCACUUACGUUCUAAAGAAAUGUGCUCCAACGAUCGCCCAAGUUAUGUAAGUUAUUUCACAUCAAAAUAAUGUUGCUUUCCUUUUGUCUUCUCGUAAAUUAUAAUAAUUCCCAUUUCCGAAUCACAAGCAGGCUUGCACAAAUUAAAGCAAGAGCACCUAUAUGGCGCAAAUUCAAUCUCAACCACACACUUGAGUUCUGUCUGUCAACAUAAACCGGAAAUUUAAACCCUUCCUGAGCACCGAUGAAACAAACAAUAACCACAGGUUGGUUUUUCAUACUACUGUAAUUCUGGUGCGGCGUUAGAGGAAAAUCUGUGAGACAAGUCGAUCGAGAAGUUAGGCGAUAUGGUGCUGAGACAGAAAUUGCUGGAAAACAAAAAUCAUCAUCUUAGCUUAGUGAGUUUCUCCAUAAAGCAUGAGCUUCAAAGGCGGCCCAACAACGAUGCAUUGCAUGACGAUGGAACAAGUGUUAUAAACGCCAUCGGAGAAGAGAGAAAAAGAGAAGGAAAAGGUAGUUGAUUAGUAAGAGAAGACCUGUUUUCAUUUAUAAGAAAGGAAAAUCAUUCUCCGUCGGAAAGGGUUAAAAGACAACUAACAAAAAAGGGAGGGACGGCAACGGCAAAAAGGAACUGGAAGAUGGACAAACCAAGCGGACGGUUACUCGGGGGAGGACGAAAUAGCAUACCAGUUGCUAGGAAAGCGAUCCAGCAUUUGCCUUUGCUUUUGUGAUGGAGGCGCACAAGAAGGCGUGUAUGGAUUUCCACAAUGA